AUGUUGUCUGGGAAGAAGGCAGCGGCUGCAGCGGCCGCGGCGGCGGCGGCGGCGGCUGCCGGGUCAGAGGCCGGUGCGGGGGUAGCGGGUGGCGCGGAGAACGGCUCUGAGGUGGCCGCACCGCCCACGGGCCUGUCCGGCCCUGGCGAGGCGGGGCCGGGGGCGGCUGGAGAGCGCACUCCCCGCAAGAAGGAGCCCCCGCGGGCCUCCCCCCCGGGCGGUCUGGCCGAGCCGCCGGGGUCCGCCGGGCCUCAGGCCGGGCCUACCGCAGUGCCUGGGUCUGCGACCCCCAUGGAAACGGGAAUCGCAGAGACACCGGAGGGGCGACGGACCAGCCGGCGCAAGCGAGCGAAGGUAGAGUACAGAGAGAUGGAUGAAAGUUUGGCCAACCUCUCAGAAGACGAGUAUUAUUCAGAAGAAGAGAGAAAUGCUAAAGCAGAGAAGGAAAAGAAGCUUCCUCCACCACCCCCUCAAGCCCCACCUGAGGAAGAAAAUGAAAGUGAGCCUGAGGAACCAUCUGGGCAAGCAGGAGGACUUCAAGACGACAGUUCUGGAGGGUAUGGAGACGGCCAAGCAUCAGGUGUGGAGGGUGCAGCUUUCCAGAGUAGACUUCCUCAUGACCGGAUGACUUCUCAAGAAGCAGCCUGUUUUCCUGAUAUCAUCAGUGGACCACAGCAGACCCAGAAGGUUUUUCUGUUCAUUAGAAAUCGCACAUUGCAGUUGUGGUUGGAUAAUCCAAAGAUUCAGCUGACAUUUGAAGCUACUCUCCAACAAUUAGAAGCGCCUUACAACAGUGAUACUGUGCUUGUCCACCGAGUUCACAGUUAUUUAGAGCGUCAUGGUCUUAUCAACUUCGGCAUCUAUAAGAGGAUAAAGCCACUCCCAACUAAGAAGACAGGAAAGGUAAUCAUCAUAGGCUCUGGGGUCUCAGGCUUGGCAGCAGCUCGUCAGUUACAAAGUUUUGGAAUGGAUGUCACACUUCUGGAAGCCAGGGAUCGUGUGGGUGGACGAGUUGCUACAUUUCGCAAAGGAAACUAUGUAGCUGACCUUGGAGCCAUGGUAGUAACAGGUCUUGGAGGGAAUCCCAUGGCUGUGGUCAGCAAACAAGUAAAUAUGGAACUGGCCAAGAUCAAGCAAAAAUGCCCACUUUAUGAAGCGAAUGGACAAGCUGUUCCUAAGGAGAAAGAUGAAAUGGUAGAGCAAGAGUUUAACCGGUUGCUAGAAGCUACGUCUUACCUUAGUCAUCAGCUGGACUUCAACGUCCUCAAUAAUAAGCCUGUGUCCCUUGGCCAGGCAUUGGAAGUUGUCAUUCAGUUACAAGAAAAGCAUGUCAAAGAUGAGCAGAUUGAACACUGGAAGAAGAUAGUGAAAACUCAGGAGGAACUGAAGGAACUUCUUAAUAAGAUGGUGAAUUUAAAAGAGAAAAUUAAAGAACUCCAUCAGCAGUACAAAGAAGCAUCUGAAGUCAAACCACCCAGAGAUAUCACUGCUGAGUUCUUAGUGAAAAGCAAACACAGGGAUCUAACUGCCCUGUGCAAGGAAUAUGAUGAAUUAGCAGAAACACAAGGAAAACUAGAAGAAAAACUUCAAGAGUUGGAAGCCAAUCCCCCAAGUGAUGUAUAUCUCUCAUCAAGAGACAGACAGAUACUUGAUUGGCAUUUUGCAAAUCUUGAAUUCGCUAAUGCCACACCUCUCUCUACACUCUCCCUUAAGCACUGGGAUCAGGAUGACGACUUUGAGUUUACUGGCAGCCACCUGACAGUGAGGAAUGGCUACUCAUGUGUGCCUGUGGCUUUAGCAGAAGGCCUGGACAUUAAACUGAACACUGCGGUUCGGCAGGUUCGCUACACAGCUUCAGGAUGUGAAGUGAUAGCUGUCAACACCCGCUCCACAAGCCAGACCUUUAUUUAUAAGUGUGACGCAGUUCUCUGCACCCUGCCCUUGGGCGUGCUGAAGCAGCAGCCACCCGCCGUGCAGUUUGUGCCGCCUCUUCCCGAGUGGAAAACAUCUGCAGUCCAGAGGAUGGGGUUUGGCAACCUUAACAAGGUGGUGCUGUGUUUUGACCGUGUGUUCUGGGACCCAAGUGUCAAUCUGUUCGGCCAUGUUGGCAGCACGACUGCGAGCAGGGGCGAGCUCUUCCUCUUCUGGAACCUCUAUAAGGCUCCAAUAUUGUUGGCACUCGUGGCAGGAGAAGCUGCCGGCAUCAUGGAAAACAUAAGUGAUGAUGUGAUUGUUGGCCGAUGCCUGGCCAUCCUCAAGGGGAUUUUUGGCAGCAGUGCGGUGCCCCAGCCCAAGGAAACAGUAGUGUCUCGCUGGCGUGCUGAUCCCUGGGCCCGAGGCUCCUAUUCCUAUGUAGCUGCAGGAUCGUCUGGAAAUGACUAUGACUUAAUGGCUCAGCCAAUCACUCCUGGCCCCUCAAUUCCAGGUGCCCCACAGCCCAUUCCUCGACUCUUCUUUGCUGGAGAACACACAAUCCGUAACUACCCAGCCACAGUCCAUGGUGCUCUGCUGAGCGGGCUGCGAGAAGCAGGAAGGAUUGCAGACCAGUUCUUGGGGGCCAUGUACACCCUGCCUCGCCAGGCCACACCCGGCGUCCCUACGCAGCAGGCCCCGAGCAUGUGA